CCUGGCUGCAGGCCACCAGACUUCCAGGCAGGGCCAGAGCUUCCUGGACUACUGAGGGUUCAAAUCCUGCCCCCUCUCCCACAAGGCCUCCCGCCCCCUGGAGCUUCACAAGGCUGCCGUCUGCAGCCGGUGACAACCCCUGGACUGGGGGGAGUACCAGGGCAUUGAAACUUGGCUUGGAAAUGGAACCUCAGGCCUGCCAGAGCCCCAUCCCUACACCGGGAAGUUGGGGGCAGACACGAUGCAGCCCCCACCCCACGCGGCCCAAUGCUGGACAUGCAGGCGUCCAUGGGGCACCCUGCUUACUAAACCCGGCAUACUUGUUUUGACAACCCACUCAUCUUCAAGGAUUGAGGGUGAUCAGGGAAAGGCGGGGUGGGACCCUGGCCAGACCUGGAGACAAGGGAAGGGAUUGAAGCAAGGGGUGCUGGGCCACAGGGCCCCACAGGAAUGUUUGGGGGUGAGCCGAGAGGCUGUGGGGAAGUCUGAGGCCAGCUUGCAAUCCUCGUUCCAACAGGCGGGCUGGCACUGGGCUACCAGGAAGAGGGGAAGGGGGAAAAAGGGAAGACCCUCGGGGCUGGGUGUUGGUGUGCAGACCCGGGUGGAGUGGGGGAGCCACUGUCCUGGUGACUCGGGGCAGACCUGAGCACCUGUGGGCUCCUCGGGUGUCUGUGCUGGGAGCCGGCUGUGGUGGUGAAGGGGUGUGGCUGUGUGCGUCUCGGGGGUUGGGUAGGACGGUGCGUCUAUCAGAGUGCUGAUGGCUCAUGGCACGGGGAGGGUGAGGGAGGGCUGUGUUGUGGGUGAGGGAUGUGAUCACUGGCUCUGUGUUCCAGGGCAACUGCAGGUGUAACUGGCAGUGUCUGGUGGUGGGGAGUGCAAUGGAGUGACUGUCAGCGUGUCCUGGGAUGUGGGUGUGUUUGUCUUAGGGUGCUGUUGUUUCUGGGGCAAGGAGGGGUGCCUGGCUAGGUCUCGGGGUGUUCAGGGGUGUUAGGGUAUGUCUCAGGGUGUUGCUGUUUCCUGGGUGGGGGUGCUGGCUAGGUCUCGAGGUGUCUAGGGAGGCAGGUGUGUGUCUGUCUCAGGGCGUUGCUGUUUCGGGGUGAGGGUGGGGGUGGCCAGCUAGGUCUCUGGCGUCCAGGGGCAGGGGGUGUCACUUCUUGUGCCUUAGGUGUACGGAGUGUGCUGGUGGGGCCUAUCUGGGAUUGUUGGGGGGUCAUUACAAGUCAUACAGAGUGUGACCAGGGGCAGUUUUGGCAGUAAGGAGUGUGUGUGUGUGUGUGUGUGUCUGUCUCUCGGUGCCAAGCGAGACCCUAUUUCCCAGCACUAAGGAGUGUGAUGUGGGUGCUCAUCUCAGAGGUCUGCAUUUUGGGGUGUUGAGGGGAGGGCUGGAAUUGAGGUAGUAACUCUGGGUGUGUCCUGGCGCUGGGGGUAAGACCCUGAGUUCAGGGAUGUGGUGGCAGCAACCUGGCUGUGCUGAGAUGGGGACAGGAUGAAACUGAGCGGUAAGUGACAGGAUUGUCUUAGGGUGUGAGACUGUGCCAGUGUGACCCUACUUCUCAGGGCAGGAGGCGAGUCUUUGUGGCUUAGGACGUGUGUCCCAGGUGUCACUCAGCCCAUCUUAAAGCAGGAGCCAGACACUGGGGAGAGUCCCCAGGUCGCCAGGCCUCCUGGUUCCCCUGCCCCCUUUCAGCCGCCUCCUCUCGCCUCCCAGGAUAUGACUCGCUGUGGCCCUAGCCGGGGCUUAAGCCCCUGUAUAAAUAGUAGGCGGAUCCCCUGGCCAGGCUGGGCCUGACCCAAGCCAGUCUGCCCGAGGCCUUGCCCACCAGCACCCACCCCAAUGUCCAUGAAGGCUUUAGCAGGGCAAGGGGGCAUUGCUGCCCCCACAGAAUUGGAGUUAGCCCCUCUAGUCCCAAAGCUCCAGGGAGGGGGGCAGUGGCACCCCCUGCAGCUGCCCCAGCCUGCCCCAGACGACACUCACAUUUUCCAGUGUUUAGAUUUUAUCCACUUUAUUAAUGAGGCAAGAGGCCCGAGCCUUGGGGGAAGGGGGCUACUCCCGCCCUGCUGGGAGGAGGGGGUCACAGGGGGCCAGAACGACUCCAGGGAGCCUCCCUCCUCAUGGAGGGAGCCGCUGGGGCCCAGAGUGGCCCCCAUCCAUUGCCAGGAGCAGAGAGGGGGGUCCCUGCCAUUCCAGGCCCCAAGCGGGCGUGCGCGGGGUGGAGCGGCCCCUGGAGGCCAGCAAGGGCUGCGGGAGGAGCCGAGGAGCCGCCCCAGGAAGAGGGAGGGAGGAAGCGGCCUGCCGGAGAGCCAGGGCGCAGUGGGCAGCAGGGCUGAGCGGCCAGUGAUGGGGACCCCGCAUCCCAGGCAGUGCUGGGUAAGCGGGUUGCGCAUGAGGGUCCCUGGCUGGGGAGGAGGAGGGCAUGAAGGGGUGGGGCCAUGGCCACCUGUCUGUCCAUCCUGUGUCCCUGGGCUCUUCCCCCCGAUCUGUGUGUCCCUGUCAUCGUCUGUCCAUCCUCUCUUCCCAUCUGGCCUGGUGGACGGUUCCGCCCUUUCCACCCUCACCACCAGGAUAUCAAAGAGUGGAUGGUCAUGGCCUCUGGGGGCAGGGACAUGGAGCGGAACCGUGGGCAGCCAGGGUGAGGCAGAGGUGAUCGCGGUGGGGCCUGGCGAGAGACCGCAGUGGAUCAGAGGCAGGUCCAUGGGGCAGGGGUAGAGAUGGGUCCAUGGCACGGAUGUAGUUGUGCCAUGUGGGGUCGGAGAUGGGUCCAUGGGGGACAGGGACAUGGCCGUGGGGAGAGAUGUGCCCAUGGUGGUAGAGAUGGGGCUGGGGUAUCUCGAGGAUGGGACUGCAGUAAAGCUGAUAUGGGGAAAGUCAGGUAGGACCACAGGGGCAGAAAUGGGUGAGACCUAUCAGAUGGAGCCACAGGCCCCAGGAAUUUGCUACGGUGUAAAAAUGGAAGGUGGGGGUCAGAGGGGGAUCUGUGAGGCCCGGAGGCACUGGCAGAGAUGCCUGAGGGCAGGGCUCGGGGGAAUCUUGCAGGAAACCAUGAAGGACAGAGAAGGGGCCAGUGGGGACAGAGGGAGGCCCUGGAGCAGGAGAUGGGGCGGUGAGAGGCAAAAGAGAGGGAGGAGGGUUUCCAAAUGGAGUGGCCAGGUCAUUUGGAGUUGCCAUGGGCAGAGGGGCUGCCUGAUAACGCCAGGGAGUCAAACGGGCCUGAUGUUCUGAGAUGGCACCGUGGGCUGGUCCCCGCCCGGGCCCAGCCAGCCUCACUCUGCCCUCUUCUCCUCUACCCAGCACUCCCGGCGCCUGACAUGAGCCCUUGCGGGCCCCUCAACCUGAGCCUGGCGGGCCAGGCGACCACAUGCGCGGCGCCCUGGGUCCCCAACGCGUCGGCCGUGCCGCCGUCGGGCGCUUCGCCCGCCCUGCCCAUCUUCUCCAUGACGCUGGGCGCCGUGUCCAACCUGCUGGCGCUGGCGCUGCUGGCGCAGGCCGCGGGCCGCCUGCGACGCCGCCGCUCGGCCGCCACCUUCCUGCUGUUCGUGGCCAGCCUGCUGGCCACCGACCUGGCAGGCCACGUGAUCCCGGGCGCGCUAGUGCUGCGCCUGUACACUGCGGGGCGCGCUCCGGCCGGCGGGGCCUGCCACUUCCUGGGCGGCUGCAUGGUCUUCUUCGGCCUGUGCCCGCUGCUGCUGGGCUGCGGCAUGGCGGUGGAGCGCUGCGUGGGCGUCACGCGGCCGCUGCUCCACGCCGCUCGGGUCUCGGUCUCCCGCGCGCGCCUGGCGCUGGCCGCGGUAGCUGCGGUGGCCUUAGCCGUCGCGCUGCUACCCCUGGCGCGCGUGGGCCGCUACGAGCUGCAGUACCCGGGCACGUGGUGCUUCAUCGGCCUGGGUCCCUCCGGCGGCUGGCGCCAGGCACUGCUCGCCGGCCUCUUCGCCGGCCUCGGCCUGGUGGCUCUCCUCGCCGCGCUGGUGUGCAACACGCUCAGCGGCCUGGCCCUGCUACGCGCCCGCUGGCGACGCCGCUCCCGAGGGCCUCCCCCGGCCUCGGGCCCCGACAGCCGGCGUCGCUGGGGGGCGCGCGGACCCCGCUCGGCCUCCGCCUCGUCCGCCUCGUCCAUCGCUUCAGCCUCCACAGCCUUUGGCGGCUCCCAGAGCCGCGGCUCGGCACGCAAAGCUCGCACCCACGACGUAGAGAUGGUGGGCCAGCUUGUCGGUAUCAUGGUGGUGUCGUGCAUCUGCUGGAGCCCAAUGCUGGUGUUGGUGGCGCUGGCCGUCGGGGGCUGGAGUUCUACCUCCCUGCAGCGGCCACUAUUCCUGGCCGUGCGCCUUGCCUCCUGGAACCAGAUCCUGGACCCUUGGGUGUACAUCCUGCUGCGCCAGGCCGUGCUGCGCCAACUGCUUCGCUUCCUGCCCCCGAGGGCCGGGGCCAAGGGCGGCCCCGCGGGCCUGGGCCUAACCCCGAGCGCCUGGGAGGCCAGCUCGCUGCGCAGCUCCCGGCACAGCGGCCUUAGCCACUUCUAAGCACAACCGGAGGCCCAACGACGAAGCCAACCCACCCUGGGGCCGGGCCCAGGUGCGCGGCGCAGAGCCUUUGAGGAAUAAAAAGCCAUUCUGCGAGCCC